CAUGCCCCUACGCGAUGUCCUGUCGUCGUUUAAGCAUGAAUCCAGGUGAGGCGCUGAUAAAGGAGAGUAGCGCGCCGUCCAGGGAAAAUCUCCUGAAACCGUACUUCGACGAGGACAGAUGCAAGUUUCGCCAUCUCACAGCAGAACAGUUUUCUGAUAUUUGGAGUCAUUUUGACCUUGACGGGGUUAACGAAUUGCGUUUUAUUCUGCGUGUGCCAGCCAGCCAGCAGGCCGGCACAGGUCUUCGAUUUUUUGGCUAUAUUAGCACAGAAGUCUACGUUCACAAAACUGUGAAAGUUAGUUACAUUGGUUUUCGGAAAAAGAAUAACAGCCGUGCAUUACGCCGUUGGAAUGUUAACAAAAAGUGCAGCAACGCUGUUCAAAUGUGCGGAACGUCCCAAUUACUGGCUAUCGUCGGCCCCCACACACAACCACUGACGAACAAACUUUGCCACACUGAUUAUUUGCCUCUGUCUGCCAAUUUUGCCUAG